GGAUCCGCCCUCUCCCCCUAACUUGUAAAAUAUGUUCAGAGCGAUAGCCUCCAAGGAGCCCUCAGACAAACACAGGCAGCCCUGAGGUGUGAGACUUCCCCAGGACCACAGAAAGCACGUGAAACCAGAGGAGAGUGCCUCUACGACAGCACCACACUCAGCUUCCUCUCUUCAGCUUUGUGGAUUUUUGCAACUGCUGACUUCGGGGGAAAUUUUAAUAGGAGCACUUGGACUUUUUAAAUAAAACAGAACAAAAACUUUUGGGGGAUAAAAUGGCACUUCGACAGAGCUCUGAUAAGGAGCCAAGCAUCGAGCUGUUCAUCAAGGCUGGACAUGACGGUGAAAACGUGGGGAACUGCCCUUUCUGUCAGAGGCUCUUCAUGGUGCUGUGGCUCAAAGGAGUGAAGUUUACAGUGACCACUGUUGAUAUGAGGAAGAAGCCAGCUGAGCUCAAAGACCUGGCCCCUGGGACUAACCCUCCUUUCCUCCUCUACAACGGCACCCUCAAAACAGACUUCAUCAAAAUUGAAGAGUUUCUCGAACAAACGCUGGCCCCUCCCAGGUAUCCUCAUCUCAGCCCGGUAAACAAAGAGUCCUUUGAUGUGGGAGCGGACAUCUUUGCAAAGUUCUCCGCUUUUAUCAAAAACAGCCCAAAUAACGCCUUACAAGAGAAAAACCUGCUGCGGGAGUUCAAGCGUCUGGAUGACUACCUGAACAGCCCCCUCCCCGAGGAGAUCGACCACAAUUCAGUGGAAACCAUCGCCGUCUCCAACAGGAAGUUCCUGGACGGCGACAGACUCACCUUAGCUGACUGCAACCUGCUGCCCAAACUGCACGUUAUCAGGGUUUCUGCCAAAAAGUACUGCAACUUUGAGAUUCCAGCCCAUUUCACAGGCGUGUGGAGAUACCUUAAAAACGCUGACGAGAGAGACGAGUUCAAACAGACGUGCCCGGCCGACAUUGAAAUUGAGAAGGCUUACCUGAGCGUGGCCAACAAGAGGAAAUAAACAUCUCACUCCUUUGUUCUGUGUUUUUUUUUUUUUAUCAAUUGUAACCAUGUGUGUAGAGAUGGUGAUCUGUAGAGGGCACUGCAAACUUCAAAAAUAAACUGUGGCAGUGAACCAGA